AUGGAGCAGAUAGUGGAGGCGGCGGGUGAGCCCUCCUCGUUCCUGCAGUGGCAAAAGGAGAUGUGGGAGCGGGACCUCCAGGAGGAGCUUGCCCAGGAGGAGCGCUGGCGUCUGGAGGGAUGCAUCAGUUCCGAAGAGGCCGCUCUCGCCCGCAUCACGGAGCGCAACCAGAAGACUGCACUGCUAAAGAAGGAAGAGGUGUGUUUUAUUUGAGUUAUUAGUAUUAUACAGUUUUGGAAUAUUGAGAAAAGGUAAUUGGCUAUAUUAAAUGUUCCUGUCUUUGUGAGUGUUUGAUUGAGCCUAUCUUGUUUGUGAUUGUUUGCAGACUGCCAAGCUGAUGCAGAGAUACGCAAACAAGCAGUUGCAGGAGGAGAAAGAGAUGAGACCUGGUGCAACAGGUGGCAGAUGGACACAAAAACUCAAAAGCAGCUAAAGUGAAGCUGCAGGAGUUCAAACAGCGUAUAGGUGACUAAACUGUAGCAUUACAUCACCCCUUGUCCCCACAUAAUGUUCACUUUCUCAUCAUCAGUUCUAUUACACCUGCUUUGGUGUUGUGGUGCAACAGACCGUGUUUGGCGAAUUGGGAUCUCAUGUCUGUGUGCUUUUGUAUAUGUUUGUGUUCCAGUAAAGGAAGUGUCGGAGCAGAGUGGGGAACUCCUUCGCCAGGCCCUGGAGGAAGCACAGGCAGAGCUGAGCAGGAAGUUUGAGAUCAUCAGUCAGAUCUGGGCCAUUGAGUCUGUCCCCCUCAUCAGGCACAGGUUUGUGGAUGAAACAGUAAGCAGGGGAAAGGAUCUUGCCAACAAAACACAGUAUACAGGCAUUUUGCUGGGUUCUGUGAGGAGGAGGUUGACUUUUAUGAUUAAUGAUAUGCUGUAUUCUGACCUCUCCCUGUCUCAGACAGCAGGACAUGAUCUGCUUGGGGAGAUGUCCCUGGCUGAGCUCCGGGAGCGUCUGGCCAUGCUGAGGGAUGCAGAGCAAAAAGAGCAACAGGACAGGAGGGAGUGCAUCCUGGAGGACAAGCAGAGCAGGGAGCAGCUUCUGCUGGAACAGCUGGACACCAUCGCCCUCCACAGGACAGCCCUGGGACAGGCUGCUGCACGCAGGUCAGAUUAACUGAGACACUCACAUACCUGGUAUGUACGCACAAGACAUGUCUGAGAUGUGUCCUGAUGUGCAUACGGUAGGCAGGAGGAGAAGAGAGCCAGGCAAGAGCUGCAGCAGGGAGUAGCUGAGGAUGAGAGGAUG